AUGCAUGCUGGAUAUCUGCCUGUUGAUCCAAAACAUCAUGGAGCCUUAUUCUUCUGGCAUUUUGCAAGCAAAUAUACUAGUGACAAACCAAGAACAGUGAUAUGGUUUAAUGGAGGUCCUGGUAGUAGUAGUCUCAUUGGAGCUUGGGCAGAAAUUGGUCCUUUCCGCUUUCAAGAUGAAAAUACAAUAAUUGAAAAUAAUGGAUCGUGGCAUAUGUUUGUCAAUCUAUUGUUCGUCGAUCAGCCUGUCGGUACUGGUUUUUCCUAUAUUGAUACGGACGCGCUUAUUCAUGAACUCGAUGAAAUGGCUAAUCAGUUUCUAAGUUUUCUCGACCGAUACAUCGAAGUUUUCCCAGAACUACUUCAAAACGAUAUUUAUUUGGCUGGUGAAUCUUUUGCUGGUCAAUAUAUUCCGUAUAUCGCAAAAGAGAUUCUUACAAAAAGAUCGAAAUUAAAAUUACGCGGUCUUUUGAUUGGAAAUGGUUGGAUCGAUCCUGUGACUAUUUAUGAAUCAUAUUUGCCUUUUGCAGUUGCAAAUAAUUUAGUGAAAAAUAAUUCUGUACUCUAUAAUGAUAUUAGUAAUCAACUCAGAAUAUGCCAGCGUGCACUUUCCAAAGAAGUGCAUGUUUUCGAGGAAGAGUGUUAUUUAAUUAUGAAUCAAAUACUGAGUGACGGUGCAAUGAAUAAUCAUUACACGCGAAAGAAAAAAGGUAGAUGCGUCAAUGUCUAUGACGUACGAUUAGACGAUACAUGGCCUGAUUGUGGUAGGAACUGGCCACCAGAAAUGAAAUAUCUUACACUUUAUUUACAUCGACAAGAUGUGAUGUCACAUAUUCACGUUGAUGGUGACAAACAAACAUGGACAAAGUGUUCGGACUCUGUUCUUGCUACAUUUCGAGCAUAUCAUUCUGAACCCUCAAUCAAAUUGUUGCCUAAUUUACUUCAAAAAAUUCCAAUUGUGCUUUAUAGUAGUGAAUAUGAUUUGAUUUGUAAUCAUUGGGCGACUGAGAAAAUGAUGGAUGCUAUGACUUGGAACAAUCGAACUGGAUUUGACAUGGGUAAUGGGACGUUAGCUCCAUUAGAUCCGUGGAUUGUGGAUAAUGAACCUGUUGGUCUUAUUCGAACUGCGCAAAUCGAUGAUUUGCGUAAUCAAAUUGAUCAAUUACGUGAAAAAUUAGCACAAAGUCAAUCAUUAUAUAAUUGUGAAAAUGAUCGUCAUACACAAGUUGUUGAAAAACUUGAAUCAUGUUUAACAAAUAUACAUAAACAACAUUGUCAAGAAAUUGAACAAAUCUUAGCAAAAAAACGUGUUGAAUUAAAUGAACUUGAAUGUGAAUUAGAAAAACAACGUGAACGUACACAACGUUUUUUAAGUGAAAAAGAUCGUGAAUUUGAAGCAAUGAAAAAACAAUUAGAACGAUCAACAACAAUAAUAGAUAAUAAAAUAUCUCAUUCAAUAUCUGAUAUACAACAAACUGAUGAAUCAUCACCAACUAUAAUAAAUGAAUUAUUUUCUCAAAAUCAUAAUCAUCAUCAUUCUUCAUCAACAAUAGGUGGUCCAAUGAGUCCAAUAAAUCCUGAUAAUAAUAAUCUAUUAUAUUUUAUACAAGAACAACAAUUACGUGAACAAGAAUUAACAUCAUUAAGAAAACAACGUCAUGAACUUGAAUCAACAAUAAGAGAUUUACAUAAUAAAUAUUCAUUUGAAAUCAAUCAAUUACAAGCAACAAUUGAAAAAUUAAAUGAUGAUUUAGAACAUAUGAAAUUAAGUACGCAACGAAAUGAUUUAUUAACAAAAAAUGAACAUAAUAUUGAUUAUAUUAAAAAUGUUUUUUAUCAUUAUUUACUUGCUAAUGAUACACAAGUUAAACAUACAAUGGCAAAUGCUUUAAUGACUAUAUUACAUUUUUCAACAAAAGAAAAAGCUAAAAUUGAAAGUCAAAAACAGACAAAUAGUUUAACAAGUGGUGGUUGGUUUAAUUAUAAAUAA